ACACAGGAGGUUCAGAAGGCCAUGGAUGAAAAGCGAUUUGAAGAAGCUGUAAAACUGCGUGGCAGAAGUUUCGAAAACAACCGGAACACUUACAAACUCCUGUCCCAUCACAAAAUUGAUACUGAACUUCCACAUAGCUCAUUUAACGUGGCUGUGUUGAAUGUUGGCGCUCCUGCAGCUGGCAUGAAUGCAGCCGUGCGUUCGGCCGUCAGGGUGGGGAUCACCGAAGGCCACACUUUGUUUGCUGUAAAUGAUGGAUUUGAGGGCUUCUAUAAGGGACAGAUAAAAGAAAUCAAGUGGGGUGAUGUUGGGGGCUGGACAGGCCAGGGCGGGUCCCUGCUAGGAACAAAAAGAACUCUUCCAGCAAAACACAUUGAUAAAAUUGCAGAACAGAUGAAGAUUCACAACAUUAACGCUUUACUGAUUAUUGGAGGUUUUGAGGCAUAUUUGGGGCUGUUGGAGCUGCAAGCAGCUCGUUCCAAACACGCAGAGCUUU